CGCCUUUCACAUUCGUCUCGCUGCCUCUCUCGCCUCUCCCCACUUUCGUUCUCCCAUUUCCAGCCGUCGCAGCGCAGAGCCGGGUCAGCGGAACCGAGGCGAACCCGUCCGACGUAGAAGCCGUCCGGGAUCCACAUGCAAAGCAGCAUUCGCCCAGAGGACACGCCGCGCGCCGCUCUUCCGUAACCGGACUACUUUUUCUGCCGUUGUCGGACGGAGUUUUACCACGCUCGUCUUCUCUUGUUGCAUCGAUUCCCGCUCCCUAAACUCAAGAUGGAGAACGACGAUAAAUAUCUGCCUGAGCUUCUAGCGGAGAAGGACAGCCUGGACGUGUCUUUCACUCACGCCAUGAAACUUUUGAACGCAGAAAUCGAUCGAAUCCAGAAAGGUGAGACCAAAAAGGAGACAGAAACCUAUCUGGACCUUUUCACAACAAAGAACAUCAAGCUGAAGGAGCGAGUGCUCAUCCCCGUCAAGCAGUACCCCAAGUUUAAUUUCGUGGGAAAGAUUUUGGGACCUCAGGGGAACACCAUCAAGCGUCUGCAGGAGGAGACCGGAGCCAAGAUCUCUGUGCUGGGCAAAGGAUCCAUGAGAGACAAGGCUAAGGAGGAGGAACUGAGGAAAGGCGGCGAGCCCAAGUAUGCCCACCUGUCCAUGGAGCUGCACGUGUUCAUCGAGGUGUUCGCGCCCGUGCCCGACGCUUACCUACGCAUGGCGCACGCCAUGGAGGAGGUCAAGAAGUUCCUGUUUCCGGACAUGAUGGAUGACAUCUGCCAGGAGCAGUUCAUGGAGAUGGGCUACCUCAACGGAGGGCAGGAGCCCCGGGGCCGAGGCGGGAUGCCGGGCAGGGGCCGCGGGGGCCCGCCUGCUGCAGUCCACAGGGGGAGGGGCAUGCCUCCCCGCGGGUCUUCAGCCAGGGGGGGUGUGACUCGAGGUGGCCCGGCCAGAGGCGGCGCAGUCAGGGGGGCCCCGGCGGGCAGGGGGGGACCCGCAGCCGCGUCUGUCAGGGGAAGUGCGGCUCCACGUGCCAGACCCCCAACUGGAGGACCCCCCCAGAGAAUGGCCGCACCCCCUGGCCUUCAGCACACCUCCAGUGCAGCUGCUGAAAGCUACGAUGAUUAUGGCUACGAGGAGAGCUACACGGACACGGGCUACGAGUCCUACGACAGCUAUUACAGCCAGCCGCAGGCAGAACCAGAAUACUACGACUACGGACACGGAGACGCUACACAGUCGUAUGACUCGUAUGGUCAAGACGACUGGAACGGCACCCAGCGGACAGCCGGAGGGAAGGUCCCUCCCUCUUCUAGAGGAGCCAAGACUUCGUACCGGGAGCAUCCGUACCGGCAGUACUAAAGUGGACCUGCCCCCUCCCCUUAGCGUGGUCCCGAUAGCCGUGGGUCUACUGCGGCAGCUCUCGCUUUAAGAAGCCCGACAAAAGUAAUUGUCCGUUUUGUUUUUGGUUUUUUCCUACAAUGGACUUUAUAAAGGAGAGCAAAUUGGAAACUGAAAUUCUGAACUCGUUUUGGAGACUUGACAGCAGACCCCCCCACCCCCCACCAGACCCCCGACCAACCAACUGCCCAUCAAAACUACCAAAAUGGCUUUUAGAUGGGGCAGGCAAAGUUGCCAUGUUUUCUUCACCCAUUUUAAAUGUUGCUUUGCUGUAUAUUUUACCCCCCCUCCUGCCCCCGGCUUUUUUCUGCAUUGAUGAUUGUUACUUCAAACUGUUUGGGGAUUUCUAGACGACGUAGUAGCUCAGAAUCACCUGUCUUAAGCCUUUUAGUUUAACUGUUUUAAAUCAAAAGAAUCUGUUGAGUGUCAGUUGCAGAUUCCCAUUUAGGCUACAUUUCAAAAUUCAGUUAAUAUAGCCCAUAAAAUAUCAUUAAAACUUCCAAUUAUUUCAUAUUUAUAAAAAAAAGAAAGCAAAAACUGGAAAAAACAACCAAAAGACGUCCUAAAUUAAGAUAAUGGUAAAGCCAUGUCAAUGAGCUCAAUUCUUUCUUGCUAGUUAAUCUUAAUUUGUUUUUUAAAUAGCUCUAAAAGGUUUUCCAUUCCGACGCAGGCAGCAAUAUUUGACAUUGUACUUGGAGUUUUGAAAUAUAGCCCUAAUAGACACUGUAGAGAUGGCCUGUCCUCAUAUCCUCCAUUUGUUUGACAUGACUCAGAAAACGUGUUUGUUAAAGAGAAGCUGGUCCAAACGUGGCCUCCUGUUUCACUAAAAGCCCUUCAUUCUCUUCAUUCUGUGAUUUGAUUCUAUAUAAACUGCAUGCAUUAAGAACAUCCAGAAGGAUUGGGACAAAAAUCUCCACAUGGGUCUUCUCUUAUUACAGAGAAGGGAUCCUGCAGCUCAAUCCAAACUCUUGUACAUAUUUUAAAACAUCCUAACUGUACUUAUUCUCCUAGUAUCUGUACCCUCUCCAUAAAAUGCAUUAUGCUACAUGUGUAAGCUUGCCUAAAUAGGUUACUAAAUCUGUCCAAAAGAUGUUUUGCAGCAGUUUGUCAAUAAAGCUUAGUUUGUUUUUUUUAUGAAACG